GAGGUCCUGCUGCUUUGUCUCCGCUCUGUUCUUCCCUCUCUCCCUCUCCGAGCUCUCUCUCCGAGCUCUCCAAUCGAAGGACGCUCGCCUGCCUCCGCAUUCCAAAGAGGCGUCCCUCUCGCCGCCACCGCCGCCGCCGCCGCCGGUAGCAAUGCAGCAAACCAGAACGGUCGAGGUGCGGAACCUGUCAGAUCUAGCCACCGAGCGGGAGAUUCACGAGUUCUUCUCCUUCUCCGGCGACAUCGAGCGCAUUGAGAUCCGACGGGAAAGCGGACAGUCGAGCACUGCUUAUGUGACGUUCAAAGAUCCAAAGGCACUGGAAAUUGCGCUCUUGUUAUCGGGAGCAACUCUUGUAGAUCGGAUUGUUAAUAUAAGUGCGAUCGAGAACUAUGUACCACAACGUGACAUGCAGGAAGUGAGGAUGGUGGACAAUGCGGUGUCUGUUGCCCCUACUGAAUUCGUUGUCUCCGAUGUUGAGGCUAAAGGUGGCUCACCUGGCAAUGGUAAAGUUUAUGUCAGUAAAGCACAGGAUGUCGUCAGCAGUGUAUUGGCAAAAGGUAGUGCCAUCGGACAAGAUGCCGUGAACAAAGCUAAAGCAUUUGAUGAGAAGCAUCGAUUGACAGCUACGGCAUCAGCCAAAGUUAUCUCGUUUGAUAAGAGGGUUGGACUCACUGAAAAAUUAACUGUUGGAAUCUCUGUUGUCAACGAGAAAGUUAAAUCUGUUGAUCAGAGACUUCAUGUCUCGGAUAAGACGAUGGCAGCCAUAUUUGCUGCUGAGAGGAAGAUAAAUGACACAGGGUCAGCUGUGAAAACUAGCAGGUAUGUUACUGCCGGAGCAGCUUGGUUCAAUGGUGCUUUUACUAAAGUCUCUAAAGCUGGUCAAGUUGCAAGGACAAAAACCAGGGAGAAGUUGAAUUUGGCUGUUUCGAACUUGACUGCAAAGGUUGGUCCUGUAGGACCGGUCUAAUUGUUCAUUGAGAUAAAGAUCCUGCUGUCGUUGCAUAAAUGCGAAUCAACUUGGCAGAAAUUGCUUCUAUGUAUCUCUGGCAUGAACAAUUUGUUCAAGUUGGGUAUGAUAUAGUUGGAUCUUGUGCUUGGGUAUUAAGGAUGAAGGUCCUUAUUUCCUCUUUACUUUGAUCGUGUGAGUCAGCUAUAUCUUACAGUUUUUGUAUUCUUCCAAAUUUGUUGUCUCAUGCUUGUGAAUUUUGUAAUCUUUGCGAGUUUAAAGAAAAUCUUGUCAUUAAUCAA